AUGGGUAGCAGCUUCAUCUUCGUCUUGAUUCUUCUCCUCUCACUCCUGCCUUGGUCUCACUCAUUCUAUGGCGCCCUACCCCCAGAUCUUAAGAAGAAGGGAGAUACAGUUGAAGUAAUGGUUAAUAAGCUUUCAUCAAUCAGAUCACAGCUUUCGUAUGACUACUAUUUUCUCAAAUACUGCAAGCCUCCUGUAAUUAUCAACAGUUCAUUAAGCCUUGGACAAGCUCUUCGAGGUGACCGCAUCAAGAACUCGGUCUAUUCUUUCAAGAUGAGAGAGGACGAGUAUUGCAAAGUUGCCUGCCGUGUAGAACUUGAUGCUAAUUCUGCGAAGAAGUUUAAGGAAAAGAUUGAUGGUGAAUAUAAAGUUAACAUGAUUCUUGAUGAUCUCCCUGUUGCAGUUCCAAUUUAUGUGCAUGCAUUAAAGAUAUAUAGGCAAGGGUUCGUGGUUGGGAUGAAGGGACAUUAUGUUAGAGAUAAAGAAGAAAGACAUUUCAUUUACAACCACCUGCGUUUUAAAGUCAUUUAUCAUGAAGAUCCAGACACUGAUUAUGCUCACAUUGUCGGUUUUAAGGUCACGCCGUACAGUGUCAAUCACAAGUACAAGGAGUGGAAUGGUGAGAAGACUAAGCUUACCACAUGCCAGCGGAGCGCCAAUUUUUACAUUGGAGGCCGCUAUAGCAUACAAGAGAUUCAUACUAAUGAAGAAGUUGUUUUCACAUAUGAUGUAUCUUUUGAGUCCAGUAAUAUCAAGUGGGAAUCGCGUUGGGACGCAUACCUCUACCAGGGUGAUGAUCCAAUGCAUUGGUCUUCCAUGGUCAAUUCACUGAUAAUUGUGCUCUUCCUGUCUGGUGUGGUAGCCAUGGUUGUGAUGAGAACUCUUUACAAGGAUAUUACCAACUACAAUCAGUUGGAGACACAAGUUGAAGAAACAGGAUGGAAACUGAUCCAUGGAGAUGUCUUCAGGCCACCUGCCAAUGCUAAUAUUUUGUGUGUUUUUGUUGCGAAUGGUGUCCAAGUUUUUGGUACUGUGCUCUUCACGAUAGCUCCUGCAUUGCUUGGUUUCCUUUCACCUUCAAACAAAGGAGGGCUGAUUACAGCAAUGGUUCUUUUGUGGAUGUUCAUGGGCUUAUUUGGGGGGUACUCCUCGGCACGCUUGUACAAGAUGUUUAAAGGCACGCAGUGGAAGAAGAUUGCAUUCAAGACAGCCUUUAUGUUCCCCGCUACAUUUUUCGGGACUUUCUUCAUGUUGAAUACCUUCAUUUGGGGGGAGAAAUCCUCUAUUGCAGUGUCGUUUGGGACAAUGUUUUCUCUGCUGCUCUUGUGGUUUGGAAUAUCAGUACCAUUGGUAUUUGUAGGCAGUUACUUGGGGUUCAAAAUGCAAACAAUUGAGGAUCCAGUCAAUACCAAUGAAAUUGCAAGACAGAUUCCAGUGCGAGCAUGGUACAACUCAAAGAUGGUAUUGUCUGUGCUCAUCGGAGGCAUUCUACAGUUCGGACCAGUGUUCAUUGAGUUCUUCUUUAUCUGGACAUGCAUAUGGAUGGACCAGUUCUUCUACUCUUUCGGCUUCCUCCUCAUAUCCUUUGCCAUCCUUCUAGUCACUUGUUGUGAGAUAGCAAUUCUACUCUGCUACUUCCAACUUCGCAGCGAAGAUUACCAUUGGUGGUGGAGACCAUACUUGACUGCUGGCUCCUCUGCUCUUUACAUGUUUGCAUACUCCAUAUUCUAUUUCUUCACCAAACUGGACAUUGAAAAAUCAGCUUCUGCCAUCCUUUAUUUCGGGUACACGUUAAUGGGAUCCUUUGCCUUCUUUGUGUUGACUGGGACAAUCGGCUUCUAUGCAUGCUUCUGGUUUGUUAGGAAGAUCUACUCCUCUGUCAAGUUUGACUAAUCCAUGAGGACUUCGGCAACAUGCUAUUGACAUGUUGUAUUGAUAGGGGUGAAUGGUUGAAUGGUUUCUCAGUUAGGUAUUGGACAAGUUCUUGAAGCUGAACUUUGGGGACUUUUGAAAGGAAUGGAGAUGGCAUAGCAGCAUGGUUGCAACUCUUUGGAAGUUGAAGUAGAUUCUCUUGUUGCAGUCAAAUUGGUUCUUUCUGCUAUUGAUCACCUUCAUCCUCUCUACAGUCUUAUAGCAAAUUGCCAGGAGUUUCUUAGUAGGAAUUGGAAUGUGUCCCUUAUCCAUGUUUACAGAGAAAGUAAUUCAGUGGCUGACUUACCAGCAAGCAUUGGUCAUGGUUAUGAGCCUGGAUGCAGAUUCUUUAGCUCCCCUCCUAAUGAUGUUCUCUCCUGAAAGCUUAUUCUUCCGGCUCUUCCAAGCCUAGACUAGUUGCGUUUUAGGUUUCUUGUCCUUGCUUUCGGGCUCCAUGUCAUAAAAAAAUAAAAUAAAAAGAAGUUGGGACUGGGACUAU